AUGGAGCUGGCUAUACUUGGCCUGUGGCACAGUAAAGCUGGCUACAGAGCUGACUACGCUUGGCCUGUUGCUAGGCUUGGAUACGUAACCACUCUUUCUCACAAGUGCCAACAGAAUAGCCAACAGCCCACUCUGCCCCUGGACUUUUGCUCCGUGAGCAACUAUGAUGUUUACUCACUGAACAGAACAUUACGCGACCUUGUCAAGUAUGGGUCUUUAACCUCUGCACUCCACCUGUUUGAAGAAAUGCCUAAACGUGAUGUGGUUACAUGGAAUAUUAUGAUUUCUGGAUAUAGUCAUUAUGGGUUUCCAAGAAAAUCAGUGUACUUGUAUAAUAAAAUGGUUUCUCAAGGUAUCAGGGAGAACUCGUCCACUUUGUCCUUUAUAUUGAGCAUAUGUGCUAACGCAGGUUUAUACAAAGAAGGGCUUGAGAUUUUCAGUAGAGUAGUUGUAUUGGGAUUUAGUAUGAACUUAUAUAUUGCCAGUGCACUUGUUAAUAUGUAUAUACAAAUGGGUCUUAUAGAUGUUGCUUUCAAAGUGUUUUAUGACUUACCAAAACGAAACUUACCUGUAUGGAACUUGGUUUUACGUGGAAUUAGUGAAGCGGGUAAGCCCAGUGAGUUCUUAAGAUUGUAUGGUGAUAUGAAGUUGGAAAAUGUGGAGCCUAAUGGGCUUACAAUUUUUUAUUUGAUUCGAGGUUGUUGUAAAGAGAGACUUCUUGACAAAGGCAGGGAGAUACAUUCCCUUGUGAUUAAGACGGGGUGGUUAGAAUCAAAUAUCUUUUUAGCUAAUGCAUUGGUGGAUUUUUACUCUGCUUGUGGCAUUUUGGUUGAUACAAAUAAAGCAUUUCAGUGUAUUCCACCUCAGGAUGUUAUUUCAUGGAAUUCAAUGGUUUCUAUUUAUGCUGCCAAAGAUUUGUUGCAUGAAGCUGUUCAGGUCCUAGAUGAGAUGAGAUCGUGGGACAAACACCCAUCUGCUAUGUCUUUCGUGGCAUUGUUGAAUUUAUCAAGUCGCAAAAAGGAACUGCUCUUUGGAAAACAAGUGCACAGUUUUGUUAUGAAAUUGGGCUUUGAUUAUGGAAAUGUACUCAUUCAGUCGGCUUUGAUUGAUAUGUAUGGGAAAAAUGAUGACAUAGAAAAUUCAGUUUCUGUAUUCCAGAGCAACCCUAUAAGAAGCCUCGAAUGUUGUAAUUCAAUGAUGACAUCUUUGCUGCAUCUUGGUGUCCCCCAAGAUGUGUUUGAGCUGUUCAGUUGGAUGGUUUGUGAAAAUAUUACGUUUGAUGAAGUGAGUCUGUCCUCAACAAUAAAGGCAUUAUCAUUCUAUUCCUCUCCUAGCUUGGAUAGCUGUGAUUUGUUACAUUGCUGUGCAAUAAAAUCAGGUUUUGAUUUUGAUAUUAUGGUAUUAUGUUCUCUGAUUGAUGCGUAUUCAAGAUCUGGACAGAUUAGGUACUCUCAGAAGAUUUUUGAAGCAUUUCCUUCACCUAAUAUCAUCGGUUUCACUUCAAUAAUUAAUGCAUAUGCUCGGAAAGGAAUGGGAAGUGAAUGCCUUGGAUUGUUUGAAGAAAUGAUCCAGAAGGGUCUAAAACCAGAUGAAGUAACAUUCUUAUGUAUACUGUUGGGCUGCAACCAUUCAGGCCUAGUUGAAGAGGGGAAAAAGAUUUUUGAUUCAAUGAGACUUCAUGGGGUCUUUCCAGACAGGCGGCACUAUUCAUGUAUGGUGGAUCUUCUGGGCCGUGCAGGUCUAGUCAUUGAGGCAGAAGAGUUGCUAAACCAUGCAUCAUCGACAGGAGAUUCUGUGAUGUGGAGCUCACUUUUACGAAGUUGCAGUAUUCAUCAAAAUGAGCAUGUCGGAAGAAGAGCAGCUAAAAAGUUAAUGGAUCUUGAGCCAGAGGAUCCUUCUGUUUGGUUACAGGCCUCAAAUUUUUAUUCUGAAAUUGGGGAGUUCGAGACUGCAAUAUAUAUUCGAGAGGUUGCAGUUGCGAGUAAGAUGAGCAGAGAUAUUGGCUAUAGUUUAAUUCGGCUCCAUGAGUGCCAUUAA